CAGGGGGAGUUGCGUUUCCCGGGUCCUGAUAGGUGGCCCUGGCAGAGGCCACGCCCCCAGCCGCGGGGCCGCUGUAUUUCCGGAGUAAGAUGGCCGCAGUGCGCGUGCUGCGGACCUGGAGCCAACGAGCCGGGCGGCUGGUCUGUGUGCGCCACUGUCAGACACGGAGUGUGGUGCACGCGCUGAAACCCAAAUAUGUGUGUUUCUUGGGCUCCCCCUCCUUCAAGUCCAGCCACCCGCACCGGCCGCUGAGAACCACUGCAGGUCAACAGGGACAGAUUGUUCAGUUCAAACUCUCAGACAUCGGAGAAGGCAUUAGAGAAGUAACUGUCAAAGAAUGGUUCGUGAAGGAGGGAGACACCGUGUCUCAGUUCGACAGCAUCUGUGAGGUCCAGAGCGACAAGGCGUCUGUCACCAUCACCAGCCGUUACGACGGGGUCAUUAGGAAGCUGUACUACAACCUCGAGGACACGGCCUAUGUGGGGAAGCCCCUCGUCGACAUAGAAACGGAAGCUUUAAAAGAUUCCGAGGAGGACGUGGUGGAGGCGCCCGCCGUGUCCCAUGACGAGCACACGCACCAGGAGAUCAAAGGCCAGAAGACGCUGGCCACGCCGGCCGUGCGCCGCCUGGCCAUGGAGAACAACAUUAAGCUGAGUGAAGUUGUUGGCUCAGGAAAAGAUGGCAGAAUACUCAAAGAAGACAUUCUCAGCUUUCUGGAGAAGCAGACGGGAGCGAUAUUACCUCCUUCCCCCAAAGCCGAAAUCAUGCCGCCUCCACCGAAACCAAAAGACACGCCUCUCCCCGCCCCAGUAGCAAAGCCUGUGGUGGUCCCAGGCCAGGACCGGACGGAGCCCAUAACAGGCUUUCAGAAGGCCAUGGUCAAGACCAUGACGGCGGCCCUGAAGAUCCCGCACUUCGGGUACUGCGACGAGGUUGACCUCACCGCGCUGGUGAGGCUGCGAGAGGAACUGAAGCCCGUUGCUGCUGCUCGGGGGAUUAAGCUCUCCUUCAUGCCCUUCUUCAUAAAGGCCGCUUCCCUGGGAUUGCUGCAGUUCCCCAUCCUCAACGCCUCGGUGGACGAGAGCUGCCAGAAGGUCACCUACAAGGCGUCUCAUAACAUCGGGGUGGCCAUGGACACCCAGCAGGGGCUCAUCGUCCCCAACGUGAAGAGCGUCCAGGCGCGCUCGGUGGUGGACAUCGCGGCCGAGUUGAACCGCCUGCAGAAGCUGGGCUCCCUGGGGCAGCUCAGCACCGCCGACCUCACCGGGGGCACCUUCACCCUCUCCAACAUCGGCUCCAUCGGCGGCACCUACGCCAGAGCCGUGAUCCUGCCGCCCGAGGUCGCCAUCGGGGCUCUGGGGGCCAUUAAGCCCCUGCCCCGGUUCAGCCAGAAGGGAGACGUGUACAAGGCGCACAUCAUGAAGGUGAGCUGGUCGGCCGACCACAGGGUCAUCGACGGCGCCACCAUGUCGCGCUUCUCCAACCUGUGGAAGUCCUACUUGGAAAACCCGGCGGCCAUGCUCCUGGACCUGAAGUGAGGCGGUGUGCGGGCCGCUGAGCCCCCAGGAGCCGAGCGCCGCCCGACAGGCCCGGCUCCGGCCUGCGGGGUGGGUGUGAGGCCACGCCUGCCCCUCCGACCCCUCUCCGGACCGGAGCGGCUGUAGUCACAUGUAGGCAUGGUGGUAGUUCUCUCUGGUGCUGAGGUCGCUGUGUCAAUGGAAAUGGACUGAAACUGCCAAGAACAACACAACCCGUAUCCCCAGAAGACUGUAGCCAUAGACAGUGUUUGCCCUGUUCCUCUUUCUCGGAAACUGACUCAGUGAGCGUUUUGAUUACACUAAGGUGGGAAAGGACUGGAUAAAAUACCUUCUGUUUCCCCACAGCAAUGCCGUUGCUGUAUAAACUAAGUGCAAUUAUCCUUCGGAUCUAAGAUACCCAGGAGUAUGUUACUGUGCAGAGGUCAUUGCAAUGCCUUAUUUAUGUAAAUUAGUAUCUUUUAAAGGGGGAUUAUAAGUGGAUCUUAAUGUCCAGUUACAGUUUUGUAACGAAUAAAAAAGAGAGAGCCGUCUGACUGGUGUGGCUCAGUGGUUGAGUGUCGACCUAUGAACCUGGAGGUCACGGUUCGAUCCGAGUCAGGAUACCUGCCCGGGUUGCCGUCCCAGUGUAGGGCAUACAGGAGGCAGCCGAUGGAUGAUUCUCUCUCAUCAUUUAUAUUUUUAUCUCUCCCUCUCCUUCCUCUUUGAAAUAAAAAAUAUUUAGGAAAAGAGUGAGAGAGAGGAGUCAAAUGGGUAAUUACGGGCUUUAAAAUAAAAUAACAAAUUUCAUAUAGACACGAAGAUAUCAUCUGGGUAGAGGCAUCAAGGAGAAUACAAUACGACAUUCUGAUUUGAUUCAGAAAUUCAGUUGUUUCAAAUGUCUAAAAAACCUCAAGUGAGUUACCUGUUGGAAAAACUUGCUUUAACAUGUGCUUGAUUGGACACGUUAAAGAUGGAAGUAACGUUUAAAUCGGAAACAGUAGAUGGCCCGCCAGGCAGCUCGGCUGUGUGGAGCGUGUCUCCAGGCACCAAGGUUGUGGGCUCAGUUCCCGGUCAGGACACAUGUCAGAGCAGCCAGUGGAUACAUCAGGCAGUGGAACAAAUCGGUGUUUCCCCCUCUUUCCCCCUUCCUCUCUAAAAACCAAUCUAUAAUAAAAUAAAUUAAUGAAUCAACUGGAUGUGGUUAUAUUUUAAAUUCAGAGAACAUGAAGAGCUGCUAGGAAAAGAGAGCAUCCAUAAUCCUACCACUAUGAACACGUUGUUGAUCCGUGUACCUGUAUACAUAGCAACCUUUUUACAAAAAUGAGGUCAUACUGUACUAUUUUGUAAUUUUUAAAAAUUUAACAUGUUAUGGGUAACUAGCUGCCAAUAAACACGUCUGCAUUAUC